GUUUUCUCUCUCUUUCAGAUCAAGCGCUCAUCCAUCCGAAAGGGCAUGGUGAUGGUUUCACCUCGUUUGAAUCCUCAAGCAUCCUGGGAAUUUGAGGCCGAGAUUCUUGUCCUCCAUCAUCCCACCACAAUUAGCCCACGCUACCAGGCCAUGGUGCACUGUGGGAGCAUCAGGCAGACGGCCACCAUUCUGAGUAUGGACAAGGACUGUCUGCGUACUGGGGACAAGGCCACCGUUCACUUCCGCUUCAUCAAGACCCCUGAGUACCUGCACAUAGACCAGCGGCUGGUGUUCCGAGAAGGUCGCACCAAGGCUGUCGGCACCAUCACUAAGCUGCUCCAGACCACUAACAACUCCCCAAUGAACUCCAAGCCCCAGCAGAUUAAAAUGCAGUCGACAAAAAAGGGCCCACUGUCCAAACGAGAAGAAGGGGGACCAUCUGGUGGGCCGGUGGUGGGGGCGGCCUCUCCCGGAGAUGAGGCUUCAUCUGUCAGCGCAGGGCCCAGCGCAUCCAGUGGUCUGCAGCCCCAGCCCAAGCCCAGCAGUGGGGGCCGACGACGAGGGGGCCAGCGCCACAAGGUGAAAUUCCAGGGGGCCUGUGUGAGUCCUGCCAGCGGCUGCUGAAUCUUCCCUGGCCCAGCCCUGUCACCCAGGGAUCUUUACUCUGGCCACCACUCACCAGCUGGGCAGAGCAGCUCUGACCGCACCCGCCCACUCCCAGGCCACACCAGAGCCUCUCCGUUGCUCCACCCCCAUUUUCCAGGGGGCUUGUAAUUUAUAAAUGAGGAAGGUGGCCAGACUUCUCGAGGACUGACCGUCUCCUGCCUUCUUCCCUGCCUCCUUCCUCACUCACACAUCUUUUGUACAUCUGGGCCCUUAGUUUUUAUUCUUUUUAUUAUAUAUCUCUGUCUCUCUAUUCAGUGUGUGGGGUGUGUGUGUGUGU